AUUUGAGUAUAUGAGAGUAGAAGACUGAAAACCAAAACAAAAAUGGCGCUUUUCUUCACCGCACAAUCUUCUUCUCUCUUCCUUUCCCAAUCCCUUAAACUCAAGACUUUCCUCUCUCAAACCUCUAAACCCUCAUUUACCCUUCCACUUAAACCCCGAACCCACCUCAAUUCCUCUCCUUUCGUUUCCCUUUCCAGCUCCCGGUCCAACCCUACUCCCGAAUCCGAUUCCUACCGAGAAACCCCCAGACCGAUUAACAUAACCGAUGAAUGGGGUGAAAAAUCGGAGCUCGGAUCGGAACCCGAGCCCACCAAGCUCCCGGAUUAUGAUCCUCCGAGGAACGAGGACGAGUGGGAGGAAGAGUGUAUUGAGACGGGUAAUGGUACAACCGCCGCUGCCCAAGGAGGAGCUUCCGAUGCAGCGGAGAAAGAGGCGAGGGAGGGCUUUGAUGAUAGGGUUGCGGAUUUGAAGAGGUGUUUGGUGGAUUCAGUUUAUGGGACCGAGUUGGGAUUUCGGGCGAGUAAGGAGCUAAGGGCCGAGGUUUUGGAGUUAGUCAGUCAGCUGGAAGCGGUUAACCCGACCCCGGCUCCCGUUGAGGCUACUCAACUUCUUGAUGGCAACUGGAUUUUGCUGUAUACUGCAUUUUCCGAGCUGUUGCCACUUCUGGCAGCCGGUGCAACCCCACUAUUAAAAGUGAAAAGCAUAAGCCAAACAAUUGAUACGGCUAGUCAAUCUAUUGUCAACUCCACCACAUUGUCUGGCCCUUUUGCUGAUUUCUCCUUUAGUGCAUCUGCUACCUUUGAAGUUAGAUCUCCUUCAAGAAUACAGGUUGAAUUCAAGGAAGGCAUACUGCAACCUCCAGAAGUAAAACCAGCCGUUGAUCUUCCUGCCGAUGUAGAAAUUUUUGGUCAGAGAAUUAGUUUGUUGCCUGUGCAGCAAUCUCUUAACCCACUGCAGGAAUUGGCCGCAAACAUUUCAAGAACAAUUUCUGGUCAGCCACCUCUUAAGAUUCCCAUUCCUGGCAACCGAUCAAGUUCCUGGCUUCUGACUACGUACCUCGAUGAAGAUAUUUGGAUAUCAAGAGGAGAUGGUGCUCUUUUCGUGCUUGCUAGACAGGGAAGCCCUCUUUUGGAGCAGUAGCCAUGAGCAUUAUGCGUAUGUAUCUAUGAAGGAGAUAUACAUACUGUUGUGUCAUCUUUAUUUAUGGGAAGAGGAAAUUUUUGCUUUUGAUUAUUUGAACAUCUCAAGUGUUGGAUAUAAAUGAUAUAAAACAUACAGAUGUAGAAAUUGUAUCGUAUAACGUAAGACUAGAAAUACAUGUUUGAUGAUGUCUAUUGCUAAUGGCGCUGAGUGGAACCAUCUCUGUUA